AUGAGCAGCAUCAGAAUAUACACCAGCAUCAACACCAACGACACCAACAACCACAACAGCUACAGCAACACCAACUUGCACCUCAGGUUCAAUAUGGCCACCCAUCUCAACCCUAUCCCCAGAAUCAAACUCAACAUCAACAUCAACGGCAGCAGCAUGAACACAUCCCCACUUAUCAGCCUCAACACCGGCAUCAACGCUCCUUACCUCAUGAUGCCCUGUUGCUACCCUUGUCGGCUAGUUUUACGUCAGACCUCCACCUAG